AUUCUAACAUAAACCCAACAGAAAUCAUAAUUCUCGCAGCCUUCAUUCAAUUCAAAACUACUUUGUUUUAUUUCGCUCGAAUUUGUUUAACAAACAAACCAACCAUCCGCCAUGUCGACUGUGAAACUUAAUUAUUUCAUUUUCGGUAUUUUGUUGCAAAUUUUAAUCAACAGCGCGAAUGGAAGCCCAAUUUGGCCCGGAGACUGUGAUCCUUGCUACGAAUCUCGCUUCAAUUACGACUGUGGCCCUGCUCCCGCAGUUGUACCAAUCCCUCAACCUGUACCGGUUCGAGUGCCCGUAAGAGAGCGAUGCCAAUCAGUCACCAUUCCAAAUAUUAUUGUGGCUCUAUUACCACCAAAUAAUAAUAAGCCAAUCGUACACAGACCAGUGAUCCGUCCGCCACCUGUAAUUUUGCCAACUCCGCAAUUACCAUUGGGUGGCUUCGGAGGUUUCGGAGGUUUCGGAGGCUUCGGAGGCUUCGAAGGCUUCAGAGGCUUCGAAGGCUGCGAAGGUUCAGGAUUUGGAAGAGGGCUUGGAAGAUUCGAGGGAUGUGGGUGUUUGUAAGUUUUGAACGUGUUGUGCACUCUGUAUUACAUAUAAAUAAAUUCUAUUCGAAAUGAA